CGGCGUCUGGCGCGCCGGAAGUUGACGAUCGAGGUCCCCUAUCAAGCAGUACUCGACUCCGCUUCCUCAACCUCGACCACGUUGGGCGUGCUAGGAAGCUGUCACAUCACGCCAUGAUGUCGGCGCCAGGUCGAGGGUCGGCGUUGCUGAGGAGCUCGCAAAGGGUCUGCUCCCAGUGCGCUCGGACAGCUGCGGGAAGAACAACGGCCCAGCCUUCUCCCGUGCUCAUAUUAGGCGCCCGCCGAUACUAUGCCACCGAGACAGCGACUCCUUCCAUUCAACCAUCCGAAACAACACCACCACCGCCUCCCCCCCCGGUCACAAGCACCACUAGGCCACCGACAACCGCCAAUUCCGACCCAACCCGUUACCGCAUCAAAUCCGGCCUUAUCCUGACGCGCCCGCCACUCCUCACGCGCGAGCCGACGCCCUUCGAGUCAGCGUUUUACCUCUACCAGAAGCGCCUGAACGAGCGGCUGACGGCGCCGUUCCGGCCGCGCUUCUACUUCCGCAAGGAUACGGCCGGCGACCUGGACUGGCGCAUCAAGCUGCGGGAGCGGCACGGCGUGCCGGCCAAGGACAUUGGCCGGUACAACCCCAAGGGCCGGCAGGGCUGGAACGACGAGGUGCUGGUCGGCAGCACGACGUCGGGCCAGCAGUACAUUUACGACCGCCUGCUGGCCGACGCCGAGGUCCGCGUCAGCGAGGACGGCGAGCCGAUCCCGCCCGAGGAGCGCACCCCGGUCGAGAGGCCCAUGCCCAGGCGCACCGAGGCCGACGAGAAGAACGACGUGCGCAGGCUGGACCGCGCGUUGGAUAGGACGCUGUAUUUGGUGGUGAGGAGGAAGGUGGAGGGCUUGCCCAAUGGGGAAGACGGGGUGUGGGAGUUUCCGAGUGGAUACGUGCCCACGGAAGAGACUCUACAUGAAACCGCCGCCCGUGUCCUGGCCGAGUCAGCGGGCGUCAACAUGAACACGUGGAUCGUCGGUCGCGUGCCCGUUGCCCACCACAUCGUCAAACCCGUUUUUGCCGAGGACGGAACGACAUUACAGAAGCGUGGCGAGAAGGUUUUCUUUCUCAAAGGCCGCAUCAUGGCGGGGCAAGCCGAUCUCUCAGGCAACAAGCACGGCCUCACCGACUUCAAAUGGCUGACUCAAGAGGAGCUCAGCCAGACGCUGCCGUUUGAUUACUAUUGGAGCGUACGGAAUAUGUUUGGCGAGAGGUAGAGAUGGUUCCGUCUUGUGAGCUUCUGGCAUGCUCGGCGCGGCAAAGGAAGCGAGGAACUAUCGCGCUCUAUCUACGCUGUGUUGAACUGCACUGUAAUAUAGACAUGUAGGCUAUGUAUAAAUCCGUCAACUUGUUGCUUGUUCCAACAAGGCUCAGACGGAGGUAUUUGUGUAUAUUUGUUUAUUUCAAUGUGAUUGCUACCCGAAAAGG